AUUUGCCCAGAGUUGAGCAAUUAGCUGAUUGUUUUAAUUUCUUAGUGAAUAGUCAAAGAGAACAAAAACUAGUGAACGCAAUCCAGAAAAAAGACAACAACUGGCAUAUAAUAUGUCAAACCGAUGUGCACAUAAAAACGCAACCUAAAAAUAACGUCCUGUCAUUCUGUUUACGGUGA